AAAAAUAAUUUAAUUUUCGGCUCCGGUUGCAGCUGAUAUUGGCGAGCUGCGCUUCCUUGGGCUACCUGACGAUCGGGCUGGUGCGGGGGUUCUCCUCCCCGGCGGUGCCCUCGAUGAUGGAGAUCUCGCCAGAGCUGGUCCCCAACCCAGAUGCUGUUUCAUGGAUAUCGGCUGUGCCCCCACUGGGCGCCCUGUGCGGCUCCCUUGCGGCCGGGCCCCUCAUGCAGAACCUGGGCCGUAAGGGAGCCCUCCUCAUCGCGGCGCCUCUCUUCGCCCUGGCCUGGGCUGCCGUCGCCUUCUCCCCCACCACUGCCUACCUCGUCACUGCCAGGGCAGCCUGCGGCUUCUGUGUGGGCCUCAUCCUUCCUUCGGCACAAGUAUAUGUGAGUGAAUGCUCUCACCCGAGAAUUCGGGGAAGACUUGGAACCCUCCCUGCUAUCUUCAUGGCUGCAGGUAUCCUAGUUGCCUACCUCCUCGGCUACUUCUUCACCUGGUACAGGCUCGCUUUGGUCUCUGCUGCCUUCCCAACCGCUCUCCUGCUUCUUCUCAUUCCCCUGCCAGAGUCUCCCGCUUGGCUUCGCAGCAGAGGGAAAAACAAAGCCGCCGAUGCAGCUAUGGAUUGGCUGCAUCUUCAACCAACUGCUCCUCAAAUCGAACUCUUUACAGUCACAGAAGUUCCGAAACCUCCAGCCCUUCCGACGCCGAAAGAAAACAACAUAAAGCACUCAAAAACAAAACUUAGAGGACCAUAUUCACCUUCAGAGUUAUUUAAGAAAUCAGUUUUGGUUCCAUUUGGAAUUGUUUUGGCUAUUCUCGUAUUUCAACAAAUUUCAGGCAUAGAUACCAUUAUAUUCUAUACAGUCAGCAUAUUUCAAGCUAGUGGGAGUGAUAUAGGAGAGUAUGAAGCAACUAUCGUUGUUGGAGUUGUCCAACUUUUAGCAACAAUCUUUUCAAUUUUUAUAAUUGAUCGGUUCGGGAGGAAACCACUGUUAAUGUGGUCUGGUGUCAUCAUGGUGGUAUCAAUGAUAGCUCUGGGCUAUUACUUCUAUCUCCAUGAGAGGGGAAGAGCGUUCGGUUUGGGCAGCCUCCCUCUCAUCAGCCAGAUGCUGUUUAUUGCUGGAUUCUCUGUAGGUUUCAGCAAUGUACCCUUCAUCUUGAUGGGAGAACUGCUACCUUCUGCACAGAGAAGCUUACUCAGCUCGGUUUCGGGAGCAGCCAAUCUUGGCUCUAUGUUUGUUGUCAUAAAGACAUACCCUGACACAGUAACAGUCAUAGGGAGUGAAGGAGCAUUUUGGAUGUAUGCAGGCUGUUCUUUUGUUGGUUGUAUUUUUGUGUACUUUCUAUUGCCAGAAACCAAAGGGAAAACACUUGAAGAAAUAGAAGCUAUAUUUGAACCAAAAAAACCAACUAGGAAAGAAGCUGAAGCAGAAGCUGCUUCCUAAGUAUCCACAUUAGUUUCCACAUGGAAACUAAUUCUUAAUGUUCUGCAGAGUGUAGUUUGGAAUACUCAUAAACCUAAUUAUACAUUCAUGAGAUGUAUACAGGAUGAUGGUAUGCCUCAUUCUCCUAAUCAAAACUAGUUUCGUUUACAGUAAUAUAAGUCAUUUUGUCUUACAUACUGUAAUGAUUAGAUGAUUUGUGUAACUUCUGUUGAUGGCGUUUUUCUUGUUUUAUGUAAAUAAAUAUUGACGUAGUUUUAAUAAAUCUAUAUUUGUGAUAUUAAAUAGAAUUUUAAAAAAUGUUUGAUAAUAGCAUGUAAGAAGUUAUAAAUGACUCAAUCAGGAACCUAAUUCCAAAACUUCCUAACUAAAUUUUUGCAUAAAGUAAAUAUUUGAGUUAAUAUUCAACUUUGAUGCAUUAUUGGUAAUUUAAGAAGCAAAACUGUACUUCGAAAACUAUGAAUUAUAAUAAAUCCCUCUUGAUGUAAUUAAAAUAUAUUAGAAGAUCUCAAUAGUAUGUGAUCUUAUAAUAUGGUAGGCGUGGAGGAGGAAGAAGAUAUAACAAGGAUUUUUCGGAUGGCGGUAGGAUUUUGCAGAAGGGAGCAAAUCCAACGUUGUUGUUAAGUUAACGGAACUGUCAAGAAAGUGGUCGAUUGCUGAGGAGAACCAAACCAAACCAAAACUUGUAGAAACAAUGAAUUAAUAAAAGAUAAUACCAAAAUACCCUUGAUAAAACAGACAGAGAUGUUUUGGGAGAUUCUAAACUAGAGGGCAUUGUUAGAGAAAACAUCAAUCUUACCUCAGUCAAAGUUUCGUAAACGAUCUCUUAAUUAGAGUAAGAUCGACGUCGAGAGGUAUCCUAUUAUAGGUAAAUUUAUUUAAAUUAAAUUAAAUUGUUAGAGCUUACGAAUGAGGCAAAUAAUAUUAGAACAGAGCCGUUAAAAAUGCAUCAAACUUCAAGAUUACUCAAAACAUUACUUUGAAAAUGAUGUUAUGAGGUUUUGGAAUUAGGACUGUGAUAGACAAUUAUUGUUACUAUACCCAAAAGAAAAUAUUUAAUUGUUAUUUUAAAAAAUUCUUAUCUUUAACGACUUAUAAUUAUAUAAUUUUAAUAGAUUUCAUUUGAUGAAAGCUGUAAGAGCUUCAUCUCAUAAAAAAAACAUGUUAAUAUGGAUUAUUUAUGGUGAGUAUAAUUUUGCGUAUUUACAUAUUAAAUAAUCAUCCUUCAUGUGUGAUCUCUUAACAGCUGAACCCAAAUGAAUAAAAUUAAAAUUUUGAUGUUAAGUUUGUUAUUUUAUUUAUUUAUUAUCUGUAUGUUGUAUGAAUGAAAGUUUCACAUAACUUAAGAUUCAUGUAAUAUCAUUAUAAAUUUGUAAACAAAUGGCAAUGUGAUCGACGUUAUUUAAUAAAAUCGUUACUAAUAAUUAUUAUAUUAAUCUAAAUUUCGUUUUGAGACGAUCUUAUUUUAUUCUUCAUUGCUCUUAAAUUUCAUAAGUAUUCACUGAAUUCUAGAUAUUAUUGGAGACUUAGAUAAUUAGAUAAUAAUGUCAAAUAAUAUCGUUGAUCACAUAGACAUUUGUUAAAAACUAUUCCUAAUAUAAGUGUAGUAUGGCUGAGUUCAAUUAUUAUUAUUAUUUUUAAGGAUACUUAUAGUUAUUUUCUAGUAACUAUACAUUUAACUUUUUCACAUAUAUCCUUUUUAUAAAUUUGAAUAAAAUACAUUAUUGAAAAGCAUAAGAAAUAAUGUUUUACCCAGUUAAAAUUUUAUACAUAUUCCACGUUUUCUAAAGAUUGGAAUAUCAAGCAAUUAUUUAUUUCGCUAAUAUUUACUUGACUAAAUUAAUGUUUGGACAAAUGUAGUAUUUACUAAAGAUAUGUAUUAAUGGCAUUGAACAUAUGUUAUUAUUUUUCAUUAUGGUUGUAAGCUGGAACUAAGAUAUAUGUAAGGUGCCAUGUUUAUUGUUUUAAUAAAGGUCAUCUCCCUUUUUUGUUUUUUUAUUGUAAUAAUUUAUGUUAAAUAAAUUCACGUUCUAUGUAUCAAAACACAA